AUGCAAGCUGAGCUGGAGCAAAAGGACGCAGAGCUUGCUGACCUGCGUAAACGCUGGAAGCAAACUGCUAAGGAACUGAACAGGCUGAAGACGUCACAACGAAGAGGACUGUAUCAAGUCACGGAUCGGUACCUUGUGGAUUUGGCCUCCCGGCUGAGAUAUAACAUUCGGAAUAUUGCUAUCCAAUACUUCGAGGGCAGCCAAGAAAUCCGGGAUCCCAGGCAUGAGACGACGGAAUCUAUCUACUCUCGGUACUUUACUCAAGUAGCCCCCGAUGCGCAAAGACGGAGUGCGUACCUAGGAUCCAAUCGCGGUCGUUCCAGCGUUGGGCAAGCCUUCCUGUGGCAGAUUAUCAUUGUCGAAGUAUUCGGCCAAUACCUCUGGACGGGGUCCAAGCUGUCUGGUGCCAUCAAUAUCUUGAAUGAUCACAUGAGGCAAGACAGACAUCCAAGCGCCGAAUUCGACAUCGAAGCAUGCCGGAACUUCCAGUCUUGGAGUGCAGAGACAACUGGAAUGGUCCUACAAACGAUUGAAGAGAAGCAAGAACCAGAAGUGAGCCAGUUUCUCAAUAGGGUGGUGAAGAAAAUUGCAGCGGGCAUUGUAGAUGCAAUCCUCUCGAUUAUUGACGUUGCCGACGAAGACGGGCUGGAGCUGGAGAUUGGCAUGAUCCUCCAUGAGGCAUUAGCUCUUGACAAGGAAGUGUGUAGGCAAGUGGCGCGCGUGGAUUGGACAGCUGAUAAAACACCGACAAACUUUGAUCCCGAUACUAUGGAGCUAGAAGGAGAUGUUGAAUUGGGGACACAUGGCCAGACAGCGUGUCUUGUCGUGGCUCCGGGGUUGAGGAAGCGGGGGAAGUCGUCUGGGGAGGACUUUGAUGUCGAUGAACUAUUACUUCCCAUGGUUGUAUCUUGCUUUAAUACUGGGUCAUGA